AUGAAAGUGGGCUUUACGGUGUUGUACCGAGCGAUUGUUGGAAGAUCUCACCAGACAGUUCCUGUUGGCCGGCGAAUGCUACAGGGUGCUGUGUUUGUUGCAGCGAGCCGGAUUCAGAACUACUCGAGCUUGAGAUCAAGCGAUAGGGAGAAGGACGAGAGCGACAAGAUUACCACUGGCAGGCAGCACUCUGGGUCUUCUUUCAAGUUCAUCACAGAGAGAGACAGGCUUCUGGCGCAAACUACAGGGAUCCUAGAAAGACUGAAAAUCAAUGUACGGUGGGUUCUCACCAAGUCGAACCGUCCGUUUAAUACUGACGAUAUUGGCGCGUUCAUCUCGUGGGUUCUCGUGAGCAACGUGCUGCUGAUAAUCCUGGGGACGACGACGUUCGCCUCUCUGGUCAUAUAUCUGAUGAACACGGUGCUGGCACAGGAGUAUCUGGCAACGAAGGUAGGUAACUUCCUGACGAAGAACAGUGCGCUCUCUGUGGUUUUCGAGAGUGCGAUCGUGCCGGACUGGUCCUCGGGGAAGAUCUGCUUCAAUAACGUGUUUGUGUCGAGAAGGCCGAAGGUGUCACACAGCUUUACCAAGGGUUCGCAGAAGGAGGCUCUGCAGCGGACGCAGCUGGCGCUCAGUGAUCGUCUGCUGGUAAGCAGAGAGGAUUUCGACGACGGCAACUACACGCAGUACGAUCUGACCAUUGACCAGCUGGAAAUUUCGUUGAGCCUUACCAAGUGGCUGAAUGGCAAAGGGAUCCUCGACGAGGUCGCCAUUAAUGGACUGAGAGGUGUUGUUGAUAGGACGCACGUUGUGUGGAAACCUAAUGACGACCCGAGAAACUACAGAAAUGUACACCAACCGGGCGAUUUUGAAAUAUCCAAUUUUUCGAUGAGCGACGUCCUCUUCACGCUGUACCAACCAAAUGGUUUCAGACCAUUUCAAGUGAGCAUUUUCAACUGCAAACUCCCUCAGCUGAGAAAGCAUUGGCUGUUCUACGAUAUCUUGAACGCCGACAGUAUGAGCGGCACAUACGACAACUCCAUGUUCACGUUCCACAAGAAAUACAACGUCGAGAGCACGCCGUUCUCCUCGUCGGAUGCCUCUCCCUGGAAGAGAGUCACCAGGCUCAGGGUCGAUAACCUGGCGAUAGAUCAUCUGAAUGCUGGCAUGGAGGGUCCCUUCGGCUGGAUCACCGAAGGCCAAGUCGACAUGGUCGGCGAUGCAUUGCUCCCUGACAAGGAGGCAGACGCGUCGCAGUUGACCGAGAUCAUCGCUGAGAUCGGAGACCGGCUGUUCAAAGAGGCUCAAAGACACGAUCUUUUGCCCUUUCCACAAAGGCCCCAGGCCUCGGAGAUUGACCCAGACAAAUACUUCAUGAUGGAUUUCUCGCUGAAACUGCACAACGUCAAAGCUGAAGUACCGCUUUUCAACUCAGAACUCGGUUACAUCAACAAUGCGCUAAUCAGGCCCAUUGUCGGAUACAUAAACUCCACAAGAACUUACAUCCCCAUCAGAUGCCGCGUGGUAAAGAGCAUCUCCGACUUUGAAGGCUCCUGGACCAUCUACGACUGUCUAUUGAUGCGGGACCUGAGUGCAGAAGUCUACGAUGCGUUUGCAGAUUACGUGGCCGAUGACCGCAAGAGAUCCGUAAGAUUGGCCCGCGUGGGAUUCUGGUCGUUACAGAUUAUUCUGCAAGUGAUACUGAUGAGCCUAGGAGCCAUAGCCUAG